UUUUAAACUACUUCCGUUUCCGGUGUAUUUUUGCAGCUACAUGACUAUUGCUAUGCAGACAUUACUGCGCACUAAAUAUGAGCAGAAUUAGGUAGUUGAAGUUUAAAGGAAGCCGGUUUUCCUAAUAAAGCAGCUGCUGUUAAAUGAUGCUAGCUUUGAAUUUACGCCCCAGCGGCGGUCUUGUUUAAGCUGCAUGGAAACAAACCCGCCGGCGUUUCGAAGUUCAGCAAACUUUUUUUUUUUUUUGGCUGAAAAUAGCUUCUCAGAAAUGUCGUGGUUUAGUCAGGUCAGUCAAGGUCCAUACCAACAGCAGGCCGCUGACAGCCAACGAUUUACAGCCUCGAAUAUCCUCGGUAGCCCCUAUAAUCCCACAAGCCCGCCAGCAGGAGCAGCGACUCAUGCUACCCAGAACAGCACCGGUAGCAUGAGCCUGUCCUCUGCGGGCCCAUUUGACCUCCCAUCAGUUCCUCACGGCGCUGCCAGCCCUCCCAGCCUGGAGAACCUGUCCUGUGCGGGUCAAGACAGACAACCAGAGCCCAUCUCCUAUGUUACCUUCCAGGAGCAGCGGUGUGUCCUGAGCUGGUUCCAAGGCUGGAAUGGCCCCCAGAAGGAGAGGUUCCUGCAUGAUCUUGUUGGGAAAGCCGUGCCGGGGAAAGUGUGCACCCUCCUAGACUCACUCAGCACCCUUCAGGUCAAAGACAAACUCCCCAACAUCUUCGAGUGCCAGCUCCGGCUGUGGACCCAGUGGUUUGAGUCCUGGGGGGAAGAGGAGAGGAAUCAUUUCCUGCACAUGCUGGAGGAGAAGGACCCCAUGUUUGUUGCCCACUUCUACAGGAGUGUAGCUGGCACAGCAGGAAGAGACUGACCAGAGCUCUGCAUCAGAGGACAGGAAUGCAGGGACCGUGUGGUGGACUUUUAGGGUAACCACACGUUUUGCUUGAGAAAAUCCACACUUUUUCAGACUCGGAUAUUCUGAUUUCUCUGUCAAGAUGGAUGGAAGAAUUAAUGGUUGAUAGACGAACAGAUGGAUGGAGGAAUAAAUCAGUGAAAGGACGGAUGGGAUUGACUGAUAGAGAAGCAUCCUUUUUGUAUAAAAACUACCAUUAAAAGCAAUUUGAUUGGAGCAACGUAACAGGACUGAAAAUAAGGUCCUGAAAUGCAAAUAUUUUCUGCACUCUGGUUUCUUUUCCAAUACUUGUUCACACCUGGAAAAUGCAAAACUCAGAAACUUCCAAACUUUCCUAGACUUUUCAAAAGAAAUGCAACAACGAGGUUUUUCCUGGAAGAUAGAUUUACAAUUUUCUUUUGAGGUGUGACCUGCUGAUUCUAAUUUUGGCCAUUUUCUCCAUAAGGGCUAUAACAUAUUGAAGGUUCAGCUCUUUAGACAGAGGUUGUAGUUUUGAAUCCAACACAAUUCUGUUUUGUUUUCUUUAUAUAUUAAAAAUUGGCAGUACAUACUCAUA